AUGAUCCGCCGGAAGUCCAGCCAAUUCCAGGGACUGAAAAUGCAAUCGGAGCUUGAACAGCACUACGAACUGCGGAGAGAACCCAAGAAAGACCUCAGGUCAUUGGAUGAAUCGGCCACGCGGAUGGGAACAGGUGUGCAUACCGAGUCGGGGACCGUGGCUUCGGUGAAUGCGGAUGAAGAUCCUGCAGCCGACUUGUUCCCGCCGCCACUGCCCCAGCCCCGGAUCUGCAUAUGGAAGUACCUGGACAUCCAUUCCAUGCACAGGCUGGAGAAGACAGCCAACGUUGAGGAGAUGAGGGAGGUGCUGGCCGAGCUGUUGGGACUAGGCUCUCCUGCGCAGAGCCUGCGGGACGCCAUCACCCUGGACCUCUUCUCCCAUGCACUCAUCUUCUGCCGCCAACAAGGCUUCUCCCUGGAGCAGACAUCAACGGCUUGUGCCCUGCUCCAAGAUCUUCACAAGGCCUGUAUUGCAACCCCCUUGGGCAACGUGGAGGAAUGUUACCGCUACUUCACCAGUGUUCUUUUUUGCCACGGAAUCAGGCGGCCCCCCUUCAGUAUCAACCUCUUUAAGGAGGAACAGCUGCUGGCCCUGGCAGAUUAUGUGGUCAACACCUACUUCCGCCACUUCAAGCUCUACAAAUAUGUCUUCACACCCCAGGUGCGGCUGGAUCUAUCUUUGACUUACAUGGGGCUACAGGCACCCAAGCUCUGGCCAAAGGAUGAGACGGAGAAAGAAGAGGGCGAAGAGGUGGAGGAGCAGGCAGUCACCCCAGAUGAGGAGGAACCGGAAACAGUGGUCCAGCCAGAGCCAGAGCCAAGCCAGGUCUCCAUCCUCCGGGCCUACAUCAAGACCCAGAUGAACAAGGAACUGGAGCAGCUCCAACAACUGGUAGAGGAACGGCUCAAGGCCAGUGAGGAAAGGCUCAGCAGCAAGCUGACCACACUCGAGCAGUCCCUCCAGCUACCUCCAGGCAAAGGCAAGAACAAAACCUAG